GUGCCUUCUCUAGCGUGCCGGAAUAAAAAAGUGUUUUCUUUUCCACAACUUUUUGCAAAUAUUUGCAUUUGAAGGCCUAAAAGUUGUGUUUCUUCGAGUAUUUUGGUGGCUCUUAGGCCACACACGCUGCAACCAUGUCCAACUGCAUAGAAAUUCCCUUGCAGGACACCGAUGAGGUGAUCGAAGUUGAUCCAGAGCAGCUUCCAGACUGUCCGGAGGUGCUGAGCAUUCUCAAGCAGGAGCGAGCCCCGCUACAUGUGUGGGUCAAUGUGGCGCUCGCGUACUACAAGCAAAAGAAGACUGAGGAUUUCGUCACUUUGCUGGAGGAAUCACGCAGCGAUGAGGCCAACAAGGAAUACCGGGACUCCGACAAGGACCUCAUGCGCGCCCUGGACAUGCUGGCUGCCCACUAUGUCCAGGAGGCGUAUCGCGAAAAGUCGAAGGAUAAGAAGCGUGAGCUGUUCAUGAAGGCCACGAAUCUAUACACCAGUGCGGACAAAAUCAUCAUGUACGACCAAAGCCAUCUGCUGGGCAGAGCCUACUUUUGCUUGCUCGAAGGAGAUAAAAUGGACCAGGCGGAUGCCCAGUUCAAUUUUGUCCUGAAUCAGUCUCCCUCCAAUAUUCCUUCGCUGCUGGGAAAAGCUUGCAUCGCCUUUAAUCGCAAAGACUACCGCGGAGCAAUGGCUUUUUACAAGAAGGCCCUGAGAACCAAUCCCAAUUGCCCGGCUAACGUAAGAAUCGGCAUGGCGCAUUGUUUCUUGAAAAUGGGAAAUCCAGAGAAGGCCAAACUGGCCUUUGAACGCGCUCUUCAGCUGGACCAGCAAUGUGUUGGCGCCCUAAUCGGCCUGGCCGUUCUGAAACUUAACCAACUUGAGCCGGAAUCCAACAAACUUGGCGUUCAGAUGCUUUCCAAGGCCUACACCAUCGACAAUGCCAAUCCCAUGGUACUCAACCAUUUGGCGAAUCACUUUUUCUUCAAAAAAGAUUACCAGAAGGUCCACCAUUUGGCACUGCACGCCUUCCACAAUACUGAAAACGAGGCAAUGAGAGCAGAGAGCUGCUACCAACUGGCCAGGAGCUUCCAUGCCCAAAGCGACUACGAUCAAGCCUUCCAAUAUUACUAUCAGUCUACUCAAAUAGCGCCAGCCAACUUUGUGUUGCCCCACUACGGCCUGGGACAAAUGUAUAUAUAUCGAGGGGACACCGAGAAUGCAGCUCAGUGCUUCGAAAAGGUUCUGAAGAUCCAACCGGGAAACUACGAAACUAUGAAGAUCCUCGGCUCCCUGUACGCCCACUCCAACUCGCAAACCAAGCGCGACAUGGCCAAAACUCACCUCAAGAAGGUCACUGAGCAGUUUCCCGAAGACAUUGAAGCCUGGAUAGAGCUUGCCCAGAUCCUUGAACAGAAUGAUCUGCAGGCCUCUUUGAAUGCCUACGGCACUGCCUCGAGCAUUCUCAGGGAAAAGGCCAAGUACGAGAUUCCCGCAGAAAUUCAAAACAAUGUGGCUUCUCUUCAUUACCGCUUGGGUAACCUGAAGAUGGCCAAGGAAACGUUGGAAUCGGCGUUGCAGCAUGCCACUUCAGAGAUGGACAAGGACGUGAAAUACUACGAGUCCAUUCAGGUGACCAUGAAGUACAAUCUAGCGCGUCUUAACGAGGCCAUGAGCAGCUACGAUGUGGCUGACAAGCUUUACAAGGAGAUCCUCAAGGAGCAUCCCAACUAUAUUGAUUGUUAUUUGAGGUUGGGCUGCAUGGCCAGGGACAAGGGUCUCAUUUUUGUGGCUUCUGAUUUCUUCAAGGAUGCGCUGAACAUUAAUAAUGAUAAUCCGGAUGCCAGAUCUUUGCUGGGUAACCUUCAUUUGGCGAAAAUGCAGUUCGCAUUGGGUCAGAAAAACUUUGAAACGAUCCUCAAGAAUCCGGCAACGUCUACUGAUGCCUAUUCGUUGAUUGCUUUGGGAAACUUCUCACUCCAAACACUUCAUCAGCCGAGCAGGGACAAGGAGAAGGAAAGAAAGCACCAAGAAAAGGCUUUAGCCAUCUUCAAGCAGGUUCUUCGCAACGAUCCUCGUAACAUUUGGGCUACAAACGGUAUUGGAGCUGUGCUGGCCCACAAGGGAUGUGUGAUCGAGGCGCGAGAUAUUUUCGCCCAGGUGCGUGAGGCCACCGCCGACUUCUGCGACGUUUGGCUGAACAUUGCCCACGUUUAUGUGGAACAGAAGCAGUACAUCAGCGCCAUUCAAAUGUACGAGAAUUGCAUGAAGAAGUUCUACAAACACAACAACGUGGAAGUAAUGCAGUACCUGGCCAGGGCAUAUCUCCGGGCUAACAAGUUAGUGGAGGCCAAAGCGGUGCUGCUUAAAGCACGUCGAGUAGCUCCACAGGACACUGUAUUACUAUUCAACAUUGCCGUGGUCUUGUCGCGAUUGGCAAUGGCGAUUCUAAAGGAUGAGAAGUCCACGCUUGAAGUUGUUCUACAGGCGGUCCAUGAACUCGAAUUGGCUCAAAAAUACUUCCAAUACCUAUCCGUGCAUGGCGACAAAAAUCGUUUCAACAUCGAGGUGGCCGGCAUUGAAGCAAGUACCUGCCAGGAUCUUCUAUCGCAGGCUCAAUAUCAUGUAGGUCGGGCCCGUCGCAUUGACGAGGAAGAGCGUUCUCUACGUCGUAAGCAGGAAGAGGAGCGCCAAGCCUUCAAGCUCAAGGUGGCUGAGCAGCGCAAGCGACGCGAAGAGGAGGCCAAAACCUCCAGGGACCAGCUGCUGGCUAAACGGCAGGAAUAUGUGGAGAAGACCAAGAAUAUUCUCAUAAUCGCCGAUGCUCCCGCAGAGAAGGAGCGUAAAAGGGGAGGCGGGCGGCCGCGAAAGGAUGACUACAUCUCUGGCACGGACAGCGACAAUGAAGGACCUCGCGAUGGCGAGCGUCCAACGAAGAAGAAAAGUAAAGCAGAACGCAAGAAGGGAAGCGGACGUAAGCGGAAGACUGAAAAGUAUGAAAGCGACAGCGAUGAGGAGCCGCGCUCCAGUGCCAAAUCUGGUAAAAAGAAGGGCGCUAAGGCCAAGGCGGCCAAGGAAUCGAAGGAAAAGCUGUCCGCCAAGCAGCGCCUCAAGAUUGUUUCCAAGGCGACCAUUUCCACCAGUGAAUCGGAGUCGGAAGGAAAGCGCAGCAGGAGUAGAAGUCGCAGCCGAAGCGGCAGUGGCUCGGGCAGCGGCAGCGAUCGUGGUGGAAGCCGCAAGGGCAGCAGGAGUAGAAGUCGCAGUGGCAGCCGUAGUCGCAGCAGGAGUGGUAGCAGAAGUGGAAGCGGAUCGGGGAGCGGCAGUGAUCGAGCUGCUAGCCGCAAACGCAGCAGAAGCAGGAGCGGCUCCGGAUCUGGAUCUGGAAGUGGCAGCGAUACUGCCACAAAGCGGAAGCGGGCCAAGAACCGCAUCGAAUCUGGUGGCGAAUCGGAGUCCGAUGGCAAACGCAGUAAGAGCAGAAGCCGUAGCCGUAGUCGUAGUCGUAGUCGUAGCCGAUCGAAAUCCGGCUCUCGAUCUCGUUCAAGUUCUCGCUCCAAAUCAGGAUCCCGUUCAAAAUCCAAGUCGCCAUCUCGUUCCCGGUCACGCUCUGGCAGCCGAAGUCGAUCUGGAUCACCGGAAAAUUAA